AUUGUUAAAAAAACAAGUCACCGACUCACCGACAUCUCCUGCCAGAACCCAAAGCCACCCCACAGGCCCUUACUCUCGACUUCCUCACACAAAUCAUACCGAUUUUCCCCUCCUUUAACACCCCUUGACGCAUUCACUACCCCGGCCCGACCAUACCUUCCCAUGUGAACUGCUCUCCAUGAUCAUCACCGCGAACCCACAUGUUCAGAGCCACAUCUAGCUCUGUUUUGUGUUCCUGGAAGUUGUUGAGUUUGUAAAGAAUAAAUUGAUGAAAAUAGAUUGGAUCAUUUGAAAAAAGACGGAUCCGAAGAGACCCAUUUGCAAAAAUUGGAGUUCGGAUCCUCUGAUAACGUCACUGUGCAUAAUUCCCAGUUUCGUUCAAUGAAUGCCUUAGACAUCUUAAGAGAAUCAGUUAAGAUUCUCCGCUACAAUCUGUCGGGGUUUAUGAUGAUUACUGCAUUGCUCAUUUGCCCCGUAGCUGCCGUUUUUCUACCCAAUGUGUUAGCAAAUCAUUCGAUUGUGAAGAGACUGAUUAUUGAGCUUUUGUUGGUGGCCAAGUCCAGUGGACUGCCUCUCACGCCUCUUGUGAAACAGUCAUGCCAGCAUUUCGCCGAGAUGGUUGUUUCAUCAGCAAUGCGCUUCCCCUUGUACAUCACGAUGUCGUUGUUAUCAAAAGCUGCAGUGGUUUAUUUGGUAGAUUGUAGUUAUUCGAGGAAAAAGUUCUCUGUGUCUAAAUUUUACAUGAUCAUUGCCAAGAUUUGGACGCGGCUAGUUUCGACCUAUGCGUGGGUCUGCAUUUUGGUCGUUAGCUGUGUCACAUUGUUCUGUGUUAUACUUGUUGCCCUGUGCAAUGCAUUUGCUGUAAUUGGGUUGUCUCCGGAUAUGAUAGUCUAUGCUGCAGUAAUGGCAGGGCUAGUUUUCUCGGUCAUUUUUGCCAAUGCAAUCAUUAUUUGCAACAUUGCUAUUGUAAUUUCAGUAUUGGAGGAUGUUUCAGGACAUCAUGCAAUGCUGCGGUCCAGUGUGUUGAUUAAGGGCCAGACUCAAGUGGGUCUUCUGAUAUUUCUAGGAUCCACUAUUGGGAUGGCUUUUAUUGAGGGUUUGUUUGAGCAUAGAGUGAAGACACUGAGCUAUGGAGAUGGGUCUUCAAGGAUAUGGGAAGGGCCUCUUUUGGUGGUCAUGUAUUCGUUUGUGUUGCUAAUUGAUUCUAUGAUGAGUGCGGUUUUCUACUUCAGUUGUAUAUCUUCCAAUGUAGAAGCUGACACACUAGAAACAAUGGCUAUUUCUGCUGAAAGGAUGGGCAUUGAAUGAUAUUACCUUGUAAAUAUGAUAUAUCAGUUAAGAGUUUUAUUUUGAAUGUCAUGAAAAUUGGAGCACCCAGAGAUAAUUGUGAUCUUGAUGGCUGAUGCCAUGCACUUUAUCACCGUUAAUGAGGAUCAGUAUGAUGGCAUGGAAGUGUAUCUUCACAAGCAAAUUUGUAGCAGGUGGUAGCCACAAAUGGCUCAUGAUUCUUGGAUGGAUAUUUGACUUGAGUACAUAAAGUUGCUUCCUGCUGAUCACAAGGAUGGGGAUUGAACGAAGGUCGAAGGUACCAAAGGCUCUGUAUUGCUACAUCGUUGGAGGUAUAUUAUGUUAGGAAAAUCUUUGGAAAUUACAAUCUUUAUUACUUUUAAUGUAUAAUGCAUAUAUUUCUGUCAUUAUACAUCAUACAGAGUAAUCUUCAAAAUCAUUUUAAGCUGUGUCUCUUUGUUUUUCUUUUAACGUGGAUUGAUGUGGUUCGUCAAAUUAUAAAAUUAGUUUUGUUAUAAAA